AUGACUAUAAUCACUGAUAUGCAAACGCCCUCGACAUAUGAACAACUUGUGGAAGCAUCCAUAUCGGAAGAUCCUCCAUUUUUCUUGGAAAAUCUCAAAGAUUCUAUAAUAAUCAGUCAACAACAAGAUGGAGAAGAAGUGACUGUUGAUCAAAUCAAAGAACAUUUGUAUAUGAAAUAUUUUGUUGAUUGGGAAAAACAAUCAGUGGAGAAAGAAUUAUUGUGGUAUAAAUCAGAUGAACGAUUUUCGUUCAACACCAAACUUGCCUUUCUAUACCCCUGUAUCAUAUUCGGAGCCAUUAGUUGUCAUUUGGUUCACAAUUUAUAUUUUGGCCAGGAGAUUCCAGUAAUAAUAAGAGCUUUGUUAAUAGCCACCGUGUUUAUUUCACCGGUGUUUGUAUUUUCGAGCAUGCCAGGCGGCCGCGCUGAGUGGAUCAACCCGCUGGAUAAUGAGAACUAUAAUUCUACAAAGCUGUCAGAACUGAAAGAACGCCAACUUGAACUCAUCGAUUGCUAUAUGAAAGAAGUGUUACCGAUGAAAGCGGAAAUUUCAGCCAGACGUUAUCGACAUGACGUUUUGACAAUGAUCAUUGCUGGAGAAUGGAUGAUUUAUGCUUUGUUCCGCUUUUGCUAUUCACACUAUCAGCUGUUUUUCAAACGGUCGAACAAGGAGAUUCGAAAAGUUAACAUUAUGGACAUUGAUAUCUCUGAAUUUGUUGACAUUAUGAUCACUGUAGGCUCUGCAUUCGUGCUUUCGUUUCACAUUGCGUCGGUCUUUAUGUCUUGGCAUUCUUCGAAGUUGGUUAAACAUCAUUAA